AUGGAGUAUAGGAAGGUCCGACACCAACAAGACGUAAUGCAAAUGGAUUUUAAUCCCCAUUUGGGAACAAAGAGACCAAGGGAGACCAAGGGAGGCAACUCAACAGUGAAGCGAAUGAUGGUAGACCAAGGAAGUUCCGCAGAGAUCAUGUAUUAUUCACUUUUCCAGAAGUUAGGGAAAACUUAUGCAGAUUUGAUUCCUGUUCCAACACAUCUGGUGGGACUUAAUGUAACCCCAAUUUGGCCACUCGGAAGGAUAAGAAUGCCAGUCACGGCAGGUCCAAGAACCGUAGAGGUGGAUUUCGUUGUUAUAGAUCUACCCUCGACAUAUAAUGCAAUCAUGGGCAGGACUUGGCUUCACGUAAUGAAGGUUGUUCCCUCAUCUUAUCAUCAGAUGCUCAAAUUCCCCUUCGGGGAAAAAGUGGUGGAAAUAAGAGGAGACCAAGCUGCCUCAAAAGAAUGUUUUAUGGCAAAAGCAAAACAAGCAGGAAGAAUAAUAAUGAUGGAAGAAGAGGCUCCAGUCCUAGAGGAAGUUGGAAAGGAGUCAGCAACCAAGUCAAUGGAAGAACUCGAAAAGGUUCAAGUUACACCAGAAAGUAAUGGCAGAUACUUUCUAGUUGGGACUAGCUUGCCCAUACUAGAGAAGGAAUCCUUAAUUGGGAUGUUAAAGAGAAAUGUGAGCGUGUUUGCAUGGACUCCUUAUGAGAUGCCAAGGGUGGAUCCGGAAUUGACAAUUCAUAGGUUGAAUGUCAAACCAGGUUUUAAACUUGUAAUACAGAAGGGCAGAAGGUCAGUCGUUCAACAUACGGAGGCCGUGGUUAAGGAGGUAGAAAACUUGCUGGAAGCUAAAGCCAUCAGGGAAGUACAAUAUCCCGAAUGA